CAUGAGGAAAUUCAACAUCAGGAAGGUGCUGGACGGCCUCACGGCCGGCUCCUCUUCGUCGUCUCAGCAGCAGCAGCAGCAACAGCACCCGCCCGGGAACCGGGAGCCCGAAAUCCAGGAAACGCUCCAGUCCGAGCACUUUCAGCUCUGCAAGACUGUUCGCCAUGGAUUUCCCUACCAGCCCUCAGCCCUGGCCUUUGAUCCUGUGCAGAAGAUCCUGGCAGUGGGCACGCAGACUGGUGCUUUAAGGCUUUUUGGUCGUCCAGGAGUAGAAUGUUAUUGCCAGCAUGACAGUGGGGCUGCAGUAAUCCAACUCCAGUUCCUGAUUAAUGAGGGAGCUCUUGUGAGUGCCCUGGCUGAUGACACCUUACAUUUGUGGAAUUUGCGACAGAAGAGGCCUGCCAUACUGCAUUCACUGAAGUUUUGCAGAGAAAGGGUUACAUUUUGCCAUCUCCCUUUCCAGAGUAAGUGGCUCUAUGUGGGCACUGAAAGAGGUAAUAUACACAUUGUCAACGUGGAGUCCUUCACGCUCUCAGGCUACGUCAUCAUGUGGAAUAAAGCCAUUGAACUGUCCUCUAAGUCUCAUCCAGGACCUGUUGUCCAUAUCAGUGAUAAUCCAAUGGAUGAAGGAAAGCUGCUAAUUGGCUUUGAAUCUGGAACAGUAGUCUUAUGGGACCUGAAAUCAAAGAAAGCCGACUACAGAUACACAUAUGAUGAGGCUAUACACUCUGUUGCUUGGCAUCAUGAAGGAAAACAGUUUAUUUGCAGUCAUUCAGAUGGCACCUUGACAAUUUGGAAUGUGAAGUCCCCCACCAAGCCCGUGCAGACAAUCACUCCCCAUGGAAAACAGUUAAAGGAUGGGAAGAAGCCAGAGCCAUGCAAACCUAUCCUCAAGGUGGAAUUCAAAACGACUAGAUCUGGGGAGCCUUUUAUUAUUUUAUCAGGAGGUCUGUCAUAUGAUACUGUCGGAAGAAGACCUUGCUUAACAGUGAUGCAUGGGAAAAGCACUGCUGUGCUAGAAAUGGACUAUCCAAUUGUUGAUUUUCUAACACUGUGUGAGACGCCAUACCCAAAUGAUUUUCAGGAACCAUAUGCGGUGGUUGUUCUUUUAGAAAAGGAUUUAGUACUAAUAGACCUUGCACAAAAUGGCUAUCCUAUAUUUGAAAACCCUUACCCUUUGAAUAUACAUGAAUCCCCGGUAACGUGUUGUGAAUAUUUUGCUGAUUGUCCUGUGGACCUUAUUCCUGCACUUUAUUCUGUUGGAGCUCGACAGAAACGUCAAGGUUACAGCAAAAAGGAAUGGCCCAUCAAUGGAGGUAAUUGGGGCUUGGGUGCUCAAAGUUACCCAGAAAUAAUUAUUACAGGACAUGCUGAUGGAUCAGUUAAGUUCUGGGAUGCUUCUGCAAUAACUUUACAAGUAUUAUAUAAGCUGAAGACAUCUAAAGUAUUUGAAAAGUCAAGAAGUAAAGAUGAUAGGCCAAACACAGACAUUGUAGAUGAAGACCCAUAUGCCAUUCAGAUCAUUUCCUGGUGUCCAGAAAGUAGAAUGCUGUGCAUAGCUGGAGUUUCGGCUCAUGUCAUCAUAUAUAGAUUUAGCAAGCAAGAAGUGAUUACAGAAGUCAUUCCGAUGCUUGAAAUCCGAUUGUUAUAUGAGAUAAAUGAUGUGGACUCUCCUGACGUUGAGCAGCCUCCUCCUUUGUCAACACCUGUGGGAAGUUCCAAUUCUCAGCCCGUUCCACCUCAGUCUCAUCCCUCUACCAGUAGCAGUUCAUCCGAUGGGCUCCGUGAUAAUGUACCAUGUUUAAAAGUUAAAAACUCACCACUGAAGCAGUCUCCAGGUUACCAGAUGGAGCUGGUUAUUCAGUUGGUGUGGGUGGGUGGAGAACCACCACAACAAAUAACCAGCUUGGCCGUCAAUUCUUCCUAUGGACUAGUGGUUUUUGGUAAUUGUAAUGGCAUCGCUCUGGUGGACUACCUCCAGAAGGCAGUGCUGCUUAAUCUGGGCACCAUUGAGUUAUAUGGGUCUAACGAUCCUUAUCGGCGAGAACCCCGAUCCCCUCGCAAAUCUCGACAACCAUCCGGAGCAGGUCUGUGUGAUAUUAAUGAAGGGACAGCCGUCCCAGAAGAUCGCUGCAAAUCUCCAACUUCUGGUUCUUCAUCACCAUACAAUUCAGAUGAUGAACAAAAAAUGAAUAAUUUUAUAGAAAAGGUGAAGACCAAGAGCAGAAAGUUUUCCAAGAUGGUAGCCAGUGACAUAGCAAAGAUGUCAAGGAAGUUAAGCUUGCCUACUGACCUAAAGCCUGAUAUAGAUGUAAAAGAUAAUUCCUUCAGCCGAUCGCGGAGUUCAAGUGUAACCAGUAUUGACAAAGAAUCCAGAGAGGCUAUCUCGGCUCUUCAUUUCUGUGAAACUUUCACUCGCAAGGCGGACUCCUCCCCGUCCCCGUGUCUCUGGGUUGGAACAACACUGGGAACGGUGCUGGUGAUUGCACUGAACCUCCCCCCGGGAGGAGAACAGAGACUUCUUCAGCCGGUGAUCGUGUCUCCGAGUGGUACUAUAUUGAGACUAAAAGGUGCAAUUUUGAGAAUGGCAUUUUUGGAUACAACUGGUUGCUUAAUGCCACCUGCAUAUGAACCCUGGAAAGAACACAAUGUUCCUGAAGAAAAGGAUGAAAAGGAGAAAUUGAAAAAAAGGCGGCCUGUCUCAGUAUCACCUUCUUCCUCUCAGGAAAUUAGUGAAAACCAGUAUGCAGUGAUAUGCUCUGAGAAGCAAGCGAAAGUCAUCUCACUGCCAACCCAGAACUGUGCUUACAAGCAAAACAUAACAGAAACCUCAUUCGUGCUUCGUGGAGAUAUUGUAGCAUUGAGCAACAGCAUCUGCCUGGCAUGUUUCUGUGCCAAUGGACACAUUAUGGCAUUUAGUUUGCCAAGUUUAAGGCCACUGUUGGAUGUGUACUACUUGCCUCUUACCAACAUGCGGAUAGCCAGAACGUUCUGCUUCACCAACAACGGACAAGCGUUGUAUCUUGUUUCACCUACAGAAAUUCAGAGACUGACUUAUAGUCAGGAGACCUGUGAAAACCUUCAGGAAAUGUUGGGGGAACUCUUCACUCCCGUAGAGACUCCUGAAGCGCCCAACAGGGGGUUCUUCAAAGGCUUGUUUGGAGGUGGUGCACAGUCUCUUGAUAGAGAAGAACUAUUUGGAGAGUCGUCCUCAGGGAAGGCAUCCAGGAGUCUGGCCCAGCACAUCCCUGGCCCUGGAGGAAUUGAAGGUGUGAAAGGGGCUGCGUCUGGAGUCGUCGGGGAGUUGGCACGAGCCAGGUUGGCACUAGACGAGAGAGGACAGAAGCUUGGUGACUUAGAAGAAAGAACUGCGGCCAUGUUGUCCAGUGCAGAUUCAUUUUCUAAACAUGCUCAUGAGAUGAUGUUGAAAUACAAAGAUAAGAAGUGGUACCAGUUCUGACAGCCAGACUCCAAUAGGUUCGACAUCGGCCAGAAGAAAAAUGUUUUGCUUUUUUUACUCCAUCGAUUUCUGUAGGGAAGCUGGUCACUGAACACUGUUCUUUCCUAGCACAAUCAUGUACUGGUUUACCUCAGUCACGUGGCUUGAACUGAGGGAGGUUCACACCCUCGGACUGGAGUGCACAGUGUGUGUCCCACAGGAGCUGACACGCAGGAGACAUGGCAGGGACUAUUCCUCGAUCAUUCCUGUGCCACACUUUCAUAUGCCAAAAGAUGUCGUGCCAUUGUAUCUGGCAUCAGUGUUGGAACUGUUUGAGGGAAAGGCCGUAAGUGGCACGUCCUGAGGCUGUAAGAGUUGUGUGUAUAUCCUUGACUGGAUUAUCAACAACUGCCCUGGACUUUCCCUCCCUUAAACUAACUGGCCAUCAGUAUCAUUAGUGAAAAAGAAAUAAAUUGUUAUCAUAUCUCUAGUCAGAGAAGCUGAACGGUGGGCUUUAACUAAUAAACACACACAUAUGUGACUUGUGUAUGGCCUCUCCUGGAUUCUCGUUGAUAUAUACUUGUGUUUAGUUCAUAUUUUGUCAAAAGCAAAACAAGGUGAUACAUCACUUUUCAUUGAAAAGAAAAGUGUAGAGCAUGACUGAAUUGCUCAUCAUUCUGGAAGUUUCCAUGUAGUGGCUAUGCAGUGUGGAAAGUGAGAAAACCCUCCAUUGUGGUGAGGAAAAUCCUUCAGUGUCCCUUGUCCUUGUUCUCAUUAAUUCAAAAUAGUUACUGGUUAAAUUUAUAAAAAUGUUGAAAUUGGCUAAGUUUUUAAUUUUGCUUGAAUUUUAUAAAAUGUUUAUCCAGAUGUACCCUUUGCAUUAUUUAAUUAAAAUUGCUUUAAAAAAUUGUUUCUUUAUCUCAGUGAAAUGCUUAGCUCCCUGUUUAAAAUAUCCUUUAUUUGCUAACAGUUCUAAUACACUCAGGUGAUGAACCAAUUAAAUCUUAGUGCACAUGCCGUCGCAUGGAAAAUUAUAAGCAUCUAUUGUCAACAACAUAGAAGAGACUAGUCUAAUGAUCUACAAAUUAUUUUCUGUAGAAAUACAAGUCUGUACAUAUCCUUUCAAGGUUUUACAAAGCCAGCAGAAAAGGAAAAUAUGUACACUUUCAUAAUUGAAUUAUUUCUGUGCUGGGGUGUAAUGUAAAAUUGAAACCAGCAAUGGACAAUGAUUGGCUCCUAGAAUAGACAGGAAAGAAACCACUUAGUAGGUCCAUAAGCAAUUCAUAAUGCAAGCUAAUUUUGAGAUUAUUAUUGAUUGUAAAAAAAAAGAGAAAAAUAAAAGUGUUAAAAGUAUUGUUAAUGAAAUCUAAAUGCUGUCAUCUAUUUUAAAAUGUUUAAAAUCUUUUUUUUUUCAUUAAGCUAGAUGCAGAGCACAAGUUGAUAGCAAACAUCAGUGUUGUUUCUGUAUUCCAGAUAAUCAUCAAAAGCAUACGCAGAGCGUCUUAACCUUUUUCACGCACUCUUACGCACCUUUUCCUCCUCCUCACUCAUUAACAAAGCUUUGCUUUACAUUUGAUAAUGUUCACUAUUGGAUACAAAAGUUUACAUCAAAGCUAACUUUGGACAGCGUUGGGAAGGUACUGGAUAUAUUUGAUAAAGAUAAUUGAUCAAUCUGAAAGGAAUAUUUUUAAAAUGUAAUCAUUUUUGAAUGUUUUGAAUUUGUAAAAAUAACGAGUAAAAUAUUUCUGUUUUGUUGAUGUCAGCUGUCCGUUGAGUAUUCAGCAGUUUACAGAUUGUUACAUGAUAGGUCACAGGAAGUCUUUGGUCCUUUUUUAAAGGUACAGUCUUGUGGAUGUCAUCAACAGUUAUAGAUUUGAGUUGAGAAACAUUGAGUAACAAGUGCGGGUUGAUUUCCUACUUCUGUGGAAUGUCCUGCUAGCUGCAGUUACUUAAUUUACCUUGUUAUUUUGUGUUGUUUGUACAUCAGAUUCAUUUUUACUGUCCUCUUUCCUGUUGUAUAUAAAAAGAACCAAUCUUGUAAUUAUUUUCAAACACAAAGGUAGUUACGUUUCUCUGAGAUGUUGGUGUAGAAGUAGGAAUCAUAAAGUAAUUUUUGAGUUCAGGAAAUUAGCUUUUCAGAGUUGUACUUGACUGAAUCCGUAGGUAAGAGACAGUCUGCAGAAAAAGAGCUAACCCAGGGAAUUUAUUGUCAUUUGAGAGAUAACAUCUCUAUUUUUUUCCUUUUUAAAUGCAAAAAAAUAAUAGUCACCAGCAAACCAAGGUUUCAGGAAAACUAGACAAGAAAAAAGUCAAAAUAGAAAAUGCCAGAAGAGUGGAAGGUUUUCAUGUGCUUUCUCUGUUCUCAGCAUUGUCUCAUCUCAUUUGUCCUUGACUCUAAUAUCGCUGAAAUAUUUACUAUUAAUUUCUCAGGAGAACAUGAUUUCCUGUGUGUCCAGUUCAUUUCACCUUUUAGAACUAGAAAAACUCAUAGAGUUGUUAUUUGAAAACUUUUAUUCUGCUAGCUUCUGUACAUUACAUCCGUUUUUCAGUUUGGGAGCAUCUCAACACCCUUGAUUUGCAUUUCGAUUGCACAGUGUUUCCUAAAAAUGAUUCUAAAUCCAACCGAGCUGUUGCUUCUUCAAUUUUUUUGUGGAUGUGAAAAAAGUGCUGCUACUUGUCUGUUAUUAUGUAUAAGUGUAUUGUAAUUCAAUUAAGGACAGUGCUUUAAAGAAAGAACUAUUUCUUUUCUUAGGAUUUCUUGAUUUUAGGUACUUCUGAAUUUAUUUCAAGUAGGUAUGUGAGUAUUUUAAACAAGUCUGAAAGUGUUACCUACUUCUGGGUUACAGGGAGUAAACGGCCAAGGUAGAAAAAAAACUGAAGCAGACACUGCAGAAUUCCACCUUUACCCUGAGUUGUAGGUUCUGUAUUCCAUGCCCAUUUACUUACGGCAUCUCUCCUAGGACAUUAGAAAAGUUACAUCCAAAGGUACGAUUUUUGUGGCUAACAUUUAUUUUCCACUUUAACUUCUGGAAUUUUAUUUCUGCAAAAAAAAAAAGAGCACUGAACUUUAAACUUGAAUUUUCUGUACUUUUUUAGAUAUUAAAUCUUUUUAUUAUCAUUUAAUCUGCAAUGCUCAGUUUAAAGUGAUACGUAUGUAUAAAGCAUACCAAAAUCAAUGAAUAUUGCUGCUAGCUGCACCUUAAAUUAAUCAGUUUUAAAGCCUUUAGUAGGGUUUAUAUGGUUUUCAAAGAUUAAAAAAAAAUGUGGUAAAAUUAUUUGCUGUAUGUUUCAGUGUCCUUGAUCUUAAAUUAUUGCAACACUUUCAGAUUUGUUUGAAGGUCAUGCAUCUUAUAUUUAUACAUACUGCUAGAAAUAUGCUUUUAGUUUUAAAAUGAAAUUUUUAUAAGUGUGCUCUUUAGUUUUAAAAAUGGUGAACUUGUGAAGUUUAAGUCAAAGUACUUAAAAAGUAUGUAUAUUAUCCAUACAAAAAGUUACGUUUUAUGCUUAUAAUAAGAAAUAUUGGUAUCUCAUAUCGAGAUACAGUUAAUUUUACAAAAAACUAAGCACCAUUUAAAAGUAUUCACACUUAACACGAAAGAUACCAUUACCAUUGUUAUAAAGAAAAAGAUCCUCUAUUGAUCACUUUCAAAUUUGAUUUGGGAGGAAAAUGCCCACAAACAGUAAUUGCAAGAUAUUUUCAAUAACUACAAACUUGCUGUUGGAUGCCUACCUUAAUUAUUGUUUUACUCUACAAAUAUAUAUAUAUAUAUAUAAUAUAUAUUUAAAAUAGUUUUCCAGGUAUUUUCUUCUACCUUUUUUAAAAAUAAAUUUCCAAAAAAUGAAAACAGAGUUUAUGUAUUUUUGUCAAAGAAGGUUUUUAUUUUGUAGUUUAUAGAAUUUGUUCCUUAUCAGUUUGAUACUUGAUCAAUAUUCUUAGACUUUUUAAUCUGUAUUUACUUUGGAAAAAAAUACUCCUAUAACUUAAAUGUCCUUUUUUUUUUUCCAUUUUAGGGUAUUUUUCUCUUGGAUUGAAAUUUAUGCCUACAGAUUUGAUUUUUUUUUUAAUUUGAGUAUGAAUGUGAAGCUACUGUUUACAGAUUUUGUUAGUUGCACUUUUCAUCACUCUGAUCAACUUCUUAUAAAGUGCUAUAGGGAUUAUUUUUCCUGUGGAUAUUAAUGAUUUUACUAUUGCCUCAGUUGUUUUAAAGAUUCUGUGGAAAGAAAGCAGUUGUAACAAUCAAAAAGAAAAAAAAUUAAAGGGUAAAUUUUGGCUGAAUUAAAUAAUUGUGAUAACUUCCCAGUGACCAAGGUUUUAAUGUUAUUCCCUUCAGUCUUGCAUUAUGAGGUGCCAUUCAUUUCUGAGUUGAGUUCCGUAGUUCAAGGCUAUAUGUAAGUGCUCUCCUUAUUUUCUCAUUACAUCAGGAAAAAAAAAAAUCAAGAAUGUCAGUUUUACCAGUGUUUUACAGCGAGGCUCAUAGUUAAAUUAAAAUUUUAUAGUGUAUGAGAUAUAGACAGUAUUAAUUUACUGUAGGUCAUUUGACUCAGGAUUUAAUGGAUGUAGAUUAAUGGUAAUGGAAUCCUAUUAAUUUGAGAAUUGAAUUUUUAUACUUUGGCUAUUUGUUUUGUAUUGCUUAAACUGUGGUUCAACUAAACACAAUGUAAGGAAUUGAAAAUAAACUCAACAUAUCAGUGGAAAGCAGUACAGAAAGGAUGAGUCAUGGUUUAAUUUUGUUAUUUUUGUGUGUGUAAAUAAACAACAGUACUGUUACAAUGUAGGUGUUACUUCCCGCUCAACCGUGGUAGUUAAAGCCAAAAACCAUUUUGCUUUCUAGUUACACUGUUGGUUCAUUGUAAAUGAGUUACCAAAAAGCAGUAUGAAGAAAAGCAAGAUUUAAUUUUUCUAACAUUUUCCACUUGGGGGACAAGCAUGCUUGGUAUCUAGCUGAAGCUUGUGUAUACUUUAAACUGUACAUGUGGGUUUUUUUUUCAGUUGCUGCACCCCUUUUUUAAAAAAAAAAAAUCUUGCUCAGUCCCAGUAACUAUCUCAAAGGUACUUGCUGGAAUGUGCAUUUGAAAUAUGGUUUAAAAAAAAAAAAGAUCUCUGUGUACUGUUUCGUUAAAAAAAGAGAAAACACUAUUGCAAACACUGAAAUGCGUUAUACUUUGUAGUUAUUUUGCAUUCCUGUACUUAAUCAACCAAAAAAAAAAAACUGUCAUCAUAGCAGAAGGAUUAAAAAUUAG